UGCCGACAAAAAAAAAAAAAAAAAAAAACCCAAAUAGAUAGAUAACCUUGACACUCCUUUUGAAUUUCCGACUUGAAUGAGAAACAAACGGAGAUCCGAUUCAAUGGUUAGCAGUCGAGGAGGGGGAGGAAGUUCAUCGUUGUGUAAACCGUCGUUUUCCACUAUUCUUCGCUUCUUUAUAGUCCUGAUCUUGUUCAUUUUCAUCUUCAAUUUCUAUUCUAGAGGCAUCUUAGAGGACGAGCAAAACCUAAAUGUUUCCCAACAGCUUCCCCAGCCGCAUGACAAACUCUGGGAAGCUCCUUUCAGUGAUGGUUUACAUUCAUGUCUAAAUCCUACUUCUAAGUAUCAAGCUCUUCAAGGAGGGGAUCAUUAUAUCACUGUAAGAAGCAAUGGUGGACUCAAUCAAAUGCGUACCGGUAUUGCUGAUAUGGUAGCUGUGUCGCGUAUGAUGAAUGCAACCCUGGUAAUUCCUGAACUUGAUAAGCGCUCAUUUUGGCAAGACAAAAGUAUAUUUUCAGAUAUCUUUGAUGAAGACCAUUUCAUUAAUAGCUUAAAACGUGAUGUCCGAAUUAUAAAGAAGCUUCCUCAGGAGUUGGACUCCGUACCUCGAGCAAGAAAACACUUCACAUCUUGGGGUGGUUUAGGUUACUAUGAAGAGAUGACCAAAUUAUGGGCUGAUUAUCAGGUGAUUCAUGUUCCAAAAUCAGAUUCGCGACUAGCUAACAAUGAUCUGCCAUUAGAUAUCCAGAGAUUGCGUUGUCGUGCUCUUUAUCAUGCUCUUCGAUUUUCUCCUUCUAUUGAGACCCUUGGGAAGAAGCUAGUUGAACGGCUCAGAUCACGUGGGGGAAGAUAUAUAUCUCUUCAUCUGAGAUACGAGAAAGAUAUGCUGGCUUUCUCUGGUUGUACAUAUGGCUUGUCUGAUUCGGAAUCUGAAGAGCUCAGAUUGCUUAGGGAGAAUACAAAUCACUGGAAAGUAAAGAAAAUCAAUUCAACUGAGCAGAGAAUUGCAGGUUUAUGUCCAUUAACUCCCAAAGAGGUUGGAAUUUUUCUUCAGGCUCUUGGUUAUCCUCCUUCAACCAUCGUAUAUGUCGCUGCUGGUGAAAUUUAUGCUCAUCUUUCGGACCUCACUUCUCGUUUCCCAAACGUAUUAUUCAAGGAAUUGAUAGCGACUGAAGAAGAGCUGAAAGCAUACUCCAAUCAUGCAUCCCAAACAGCAGCACUUGAUUAUAUUAUCUCUCUAGAGAGUGAUGUGUUCAUACCGACACAUUCUGGUAACAUGGCAAGGGCUGUUGAGGGCCAUCGGAGACUUUUAGGCCACCGCAAAACUAUUACUCCUGACAGGAAAGGUCUUGUGGAAAUAUUUGAUAAGUUGGAAAGUGGACAACUUAACGAAGGAGCAUCAUUGCAACAUCUUGUUAAGCACUUGCAUCAGAAAAGGCAAGGCGCUCCAAGGAAACGAGAGGGUGCGCCAGAUGGAAUCAGAGGACGAGCGCGGUACAAGGCUGAGGAAUCUUUUUACCAAAAUCCAUAUCCUGAAUGCAUUUGCAGAUCUAAACAUAGAACAUAAUUCAACUUCACUUGCAGUCUAGCAGCUACCAUUGUUUUAAGGAUUUGUAUAUCAUGCGGUACAACUUUUACAACAUAUGUCAUAUUUUGUUACAUUUUACCAUGUCUUUUCUUUAUUCCAUUUCUUUGAAUGAUGGGUCAAAAGAAAGAACUAAAGGGCACUUCUUGACAA